AUGCGCCGUGGCCGCCACAUGCCGAGCCCCCCGCGCGCCCAUUCGCAGACCCGCGCGCCGGCAGCCCGUUUCGCAACCCGUACGCGCCGCCGCUCGAAGCCCCCGCGCCAGAGCCCCGUGGCGACGGUUGUGGUGCGCGCGGAUGGCGUGGCUCCGCUGCAGGUUUCCGCUCACGUCGACCAUGUGCAGCCCGUUGCACCGUUUGGGCAGGAGGAUGGAGGACCGUUACUCGUGCAGAAGUCUGUUGAUCCACCGGCUGUAAAACUUGUCGAGCCGCCACCGGUACAAGAGCUCCCCGAACCACCGCCUCCGCCGCCGCCGGCCCCGGACCCACCAGAUAUGCCUGAGGUAAGAGAAGCAAAGCACGUGAAGAGGGCCAGCUUGCUGUUGUUGAGGAAGAAGGUUCUCAUGAGUAUCAAGCAGAAGAAAAAGGCCGCGGCGUCUGCAGAGCCCGAGGUACGCACCCCGUCCGUGUCAAUGGACGGUUUCCAGGAUCCCGCCGCGUCGGCCGUUUCAUUAACAGAGAGCAUGCCGGAGGGCGGGUGGAAGCGCCCGCGCGAGAGUACGCCGAGGUCAGCAUCCCCAGUGCUUUCGUCGAAAGGAACGACUUCUGGCAGUGACUUGUUGAUUGUCGAGUUCUCGGACAGCGAUUUUGAAGAGGAUAAUCAUGACGGCAAGCUUAGUUAUAUAGCUGUCGAGCGGAAAGCCCGCCCACAAAGGAAGAGACCGAGGCAUGAGAUUAUUGAGUCCAUGAAGAUUCGACUCGUCCAGCUUGGCAGGUGUCCCUCCUCCUUGCAUGGAAAUCCCAAGCAAGCGGCGAAGCCGACGUCUACCCCGGUAAAGACGGAUAAGAACAGGGCAGGCAGCAGUGAGCUUGCAGCCACGGUAACGUCCGCGGAGGUCAUGGACCGCGCAACUCGAGCCCCAAAAGUUGUCAAAAUGCGCAAUGAUACGACGAUUGCGGCGAUCGACUCUUCUGAGACGACAAAUGGUGGCAAAGACUCUGUACUACCCGCUCCACUGGACAAGCAGGGCGUAAACGGGAAUGCAUCACAGAACAGACUGGCCGCGGCAACCGUCAAAGAGUUACCGGUUUUGCCGGAACCAACCGAGAGUGAAACCGCCCGCCCCACGUCAGCAGCAUUGUUGAAAGAAGACAUAUCGAGCAACCAUUCAUCAUCAAGCAAAACCGUAUCUCCGUUGCGAAACGCCGAUGAAGCCACGGGGACUAGUUCGGAAAAGAACACGGAAGCGCCAGGGUCUUUCGGGAAGAUCCCAGCCCGAGCAUCGAGUAUGAAGAAGCCUCCUCUUGGUAGCACAGGUGUAAUUGCGGCAUUGCGAAAACGGAUAACGGAUCUGGAGAAAUCCAAAAAGACCAAAAAGCUCACCCCCCCUCCUUCCCAUGAAAGGAAUACUAACGCUCUCACUAACCCUCUGUCUGUUGAAUCAGGUAAGUUUAACAAUUUCUCACGCAAACGCCCUCACUCUGAAACGGCCGUUCCCCCCCAUGUACAGCCAGCUUUCAAAUGCCUUAGUCUAGUUCGUGUCACUGAUCUGAAGGACGAGAUACCAAAUUCACUAGCCCCCAAUGAGCAAGGACGAUACUAUUCUACAGCUGUACAAGGAACGACAAAGACACGGAGAAGAAAGUUGCCUCCGAAAAAGCCGACAGGGAACACUGGCAGUGCUGCGGAGCAGGGCCGGUGGAAUCGAAGAGAUGACGAAGACUCCGAAGCUGUUUUCGAUGAGGAUUACGAGGAACCUGGUCUGGUUGACGACCUGAAACUUGAGCUUGCGUCUUCCAAGAAGCAGCUUGCAUCAGUUACAGAUUACGUCCAGUUGGUCAAUGCCUCUGAUGUGUCCUUGGCACAGGCCUCUGCCAAACUCAGCUUCAAGAGAGCGGCUCUUUCGAACCUGUCAGAUCUCAUGAAACGAGCAGAGUUCGAAGUGCUCGACGCAGAGCAGGACCUCGAAAAGAUUACAAAUGCGGCGAGGCGAAUGCGGGAGUCAUUAGUGGAUGGCCCGUUUGCUGACAUGUUUCCUAUGCCUGAGAUUGCCCGGACGGGCGGAGAAGGGAGGGGCACGGGCGCCUCCCCAGGUGGUUACGAUCUGUCCUCUGCAACAUCCCAAAGCGAUGGAGGUGUGCCGACAGAUGCAGAGAACGGGGACAAGGUAGCCGAUGGACUGGAUGCCUUGACGCGGACUGACCUCGUUCUUCAAGCAUCGCCAUAUUCCCCGUCGUCGGGUUUUUUCUUUUUGAGCUGUCUCAGUGGACUACGAGCGUAUGUCUUACGAACCCCAUAUCACUCUCGCGCAGCAGAUCGCAAGUCUACCAGUCCCCUGUCUUUGACGUGGACACACAAUCUUGACCCCAUGAAGACAAUUUGUCCCAAGGAACUACGACGGCAAUACUCUUGCGCAAGUAAGAAGUGUCAGUACGAACACUUGCGCAAUUUUGAAUCGAUGAAAGGGCAUGCCCUGGAUGUCACCGACCGACUUCAGGGGUUUGCUGACAUGAGCAAAGAGGAUGCAGAGAAGCAAGUUGUACGAGCCAAGCUGGACAUCUACUCCAAUAAGAACGUAGAUAAUACGGUAUCCUUCCUUAUAACGUCCCUAUUCCCUAUUCCGUCUCCUGACAAACUUCCACUGAAGAAGCGAACCUAGUAGUAGCGAUAGAGAUGACAGUACUUUGUAGUCUUCAUAUUCUUGUUUUUGGCUCAUAGGGACUAGCAAACUGUAGUGUACAUUCCGGUAAACAGAAAUGCUUUGCAA